CGCGUAAUUUUAUAAACUUUCAUAAGUCUUCUCCUUUCUUUCUUCUCUUUUCUCGUUUCUCUAACGCGGAUUCUCCAUCCUCCACAGCCUUUUUCCUUUCCCCAUUUAACACCCUACAUCAUCCUUUUUAUUACUCAACUUUAACAAAACCCCAUUUAAAAUUCCAAAUCAAAUCAAAUAAGUUAAUAACUUUCAAGUUCAAUUUCGAUUUCUUUUGUUGAAUUCCAACUGUUUGUUAGGUGAAGAAUGCUAAGAAGUUGUUAUAGGCCAUUGGAGAGGUGUUUUGGGAGAAGAGGGGAUGGAUUGAUGUGGAAUAUGGACAUUAAACCUCAUGCUUCUGGUGAUUAUUCAAUUGCUGUUGUUCAAGCGAAUUCCUCGUUAGAAGAUCAAAGUCAAGUUUAUACUUCUCCUUCUGCUACUUAUGUUGGUGUUUAUGACGGUCAUGGAGGUCCUGAAGCUUCUCGUUUUGUCAAUUCUCAUCUAUUUUCAUUUCUUCAUAAAUAUACAUCUGAGCAUGGGGGAUUAUCAGUUGAUGUGAUAAAGAAGGCAUUUAGUGCAACAGAAGAUGAAUUCUUGAGAUUGGUAAAACGCACGUUAAGUGUACAUCCUCGAAUUGCAUCUGUUGGAUCAUGUUGUUUAGUGGGUGCAAUUACUGAUAAUGAGCUGUUUGUUGCCAAUCUUGGUGACUCAAGAGCGGUGUUGGGUCGAAAAGUUACAGUUAGCAAAAAGGAUGCUGUUGUGGCUGAGAGAUUAUCGACUGAUCAUAAUGUAUCAGCUGAGGAGGUAAGAAGGGAGGUUAAGGCUCUUCAUCCCGAGGACUCUCAAAUUGUUGUAUACACUCGUGGAGUUUGGAGGAUCAAGGGUAUUAUACAGGUAUCGAGAUCUAUUGGAGAUGUCUACCUGAAAAAACCCGAAUAUAGUAGAGACCCUUUGUUUCAGCCAUUGAUCAACCCCAUUACGCUAAAGCAUCCCGUUAUGACAGCUGAACCAUCAAUACUUCGAAAAAAACUCGAGCCAGAAGAUUUGUUUCUAAUCUUUGCGUCUGAUGGCCUUUGGGAACAACUGUCUGAUCAAGCUGUUGUCGAGAUUGUUUCUAAGAAUCCCAGAUCAGGAAUUGCCAAGCGACUAGUGAGAGCUGCCCUUGGAGAAGCUGCAAAGAAGAGAGAGCUUAGAUACAGUGACAUUAAAAACAUCGAGAAAGGCAUAAGGCGCCAUUUCCAUGAUGAUAUCUCGGUAGUGGUACUGUACCUUGAUCAUAACAAGAUCAAUGGUGGAAAUGCUAGAUUAAAACCGUUUCCUGUUGGCUACACCAACGCACCUACUGACAUUUUCUCGUUCAAUGCGGAUUCAAUGUAAAUGAUUUCAAAAGAUGAACCAAAAAGACCCCUGAGAAUAAGUAUAAAUACCGGCAAUUUACAAAUAUUGGCUGGUAACUAAAUAACUGUAGUAAGAUAUACUUAUGGAAUAACAGAACUUUUAGUGAGGGGACUGGGAAAAUCAUACUUCAUAGUGUUGUAGAUAUUAGGUUACAGAAAGUCAUAUUGGUUUAUUAUUUUUGUUUUUUUUUUUCUUACAAAAGUAACAAUAUGUUUUUGUAUGGAAAACUUAGUUGAGUGUUUUACUGAUAUACU